AUGCAUAGAAGGAAUCCAAUACAUAGAUUAUUUUGCAGUUAAAAUUGGACAAUCAAAUCAUAAAUUACACUAUUCUCUGUUCUUUAUAUUGCUUUUUGCAUUUUGAUAACAACUACUUUGCUUGUGAUCUUCUUGAAUUUUUCAAAGGACUCAUUAACAAAAAGUACCUUAUCAAUGGAAAGGUUAGAAACAACGAAUUAAAUGUCUCGAUAUAAUUCUCUAUAAACUUAAUCUUUCAAUAGAGUUCUGAAUUUUAGUUACUAGACUUUAUCCAAUAUUGACAAAUUAAAUCACUUUAUUGAAUUGUAGAGAUAAAACAAUUUUGAGAUAACUUAACCUACAAAUUGUAUUGAUAAUCCAAAGCUAUGGGAUAAAUAUAUUUUCAAUUGUAGUUUAUGCUACAAAUUUUGUAAUAAAACUAUGUUGAUAGAUGAGUCUGAUUAUUAAUAAUACCUUUCAUUAAUAUCUCUAAUAACUUAGACUCUUCCAAUAUUGAAUUUAUAUAGAUAAACAUUUUUUACUAGCACAGGUUUUGAAUAAUUCUUUACUGUAUUUAAAGGAGGAGAUUAUACUAAAUUUGUAGCUCAUAUAAGACCUUGGUAUAUAAAUCAUAUGAAUAGAACUAAAUAUGAAAAUCAUAGAUACUAUUUAUCUGAUUUAUAUUUGGAUUGGAUUAAUAAAUUAGCAAUAGCAUUUACAGUAAGUUUGACUAAUUUAGAGGGUGAAAUGAUAGGAGUGAUUGGAUAUGAUUUGGCUUUUGAUUUACUUCCCUAUUUUGUAGAUUAAAGAUUAAAAAUGGAAAUUGUUAAUUCAACAGGUCAUUUAUUAGUUAGUAGUUAUUAUGAAGAAUUUAAAUAUCCUACUGUAAUUUAUAAUACUUCUUUAACGGGAUUCACAAAAUAUGAUUGGCAAAAGAUGAAAUAAUUUGGAGAUGAUGAUAAUAUAGGAAAAGGUACAUUAAGAGUAAAGAAUCAUAAAACAAUGGAAUUUAAUGAAGUAUCAGUUUAUAAAAUGGAAUAUCCUUAAUUUUAUAUUAUUAUGUAUUUAUAUGUUAUAACUAGUUAUUAAACAGAUGAUUAAUUUAUAAAGGAUCAAUAAGCAAUUUUAGAUAAUUUAGCUAAGUUUGAUGAAAGCAUUUUAUUAGGAACUAUAUAUUUUAGUUUAAUAAUUUUAUUUUCAGUAUUGUUGAUUCAGUUCUUAAUAAUUAAAUAUGUUUUAAAUCAUUUAGAAUCAUUAGUUUUAAUAACAAAAUAAUAAAUAUUCUUAAAAUAAAGAAUUAAAAAUAAAAGUGUAGCAAUUAAUCCUGAUAAAGAUAAUACUAUAUCUAAAUUAUGUCGAUCUUUUUUAAGAUUAAAUUAAAAUUUAACUAAUUUUAAAUGGAAGAAAUCUAAAUUGUGUAGAUCUAUAUAGAAAAUCAAUUAUCCUAGAAAGAAUUCAGGAAUAGAUUCAUAAAUGUGUGAGAAUUUCAAUAAUUAAAUUAAAGAAUAAUUACAAUAAUUAGAAGACUAUGAAGAUGAUAAUUUUACAUGUUUCAAUAAAGAUUUGUUUAAGAGACUCAUUUCCAGAAAUAAGUAUUUACAUAAGUUAUUUAUAUAAAAAUAUGGUACUCAGUGA